AUGAAAUCGGGCUUGAAAUACAAAAUCUGUCCAAAGGGCAACAAAAAUAGCCAUUAUUCUAUCGUUGGGUCAGCGAUUCUACGUCCAAACUCCGAAUAUCGCAUAUGUGUGACUACGUUCGAUCUGAAUGAAGCGAUCGAGUUUCGCGUAUCCAUCAAAGAUGGAGCAAAUAUAAUUAAAAGCAAGGAACUUACGCUGAGCAAUAAUGAGUCCCGAAAUGUUACUUUUGCGAUUGGCAGUAUUCCCAAGAGUGAAUCGUAUGAAUUGGUGGCAGAAGGAUUGUCCGGAAUAAUUUUCACGAAGCGCGCCGCUCUUAAAUUCGAUGACAAGCAGUGCUCGAUGCUGAUACAAAUGGAUAAGGCCUGGUACAAACCUGGCGAUACGAUUUAUUUUCGGGUGCUGGUUCUGGACCGUGGCUUCAAGCCAUAUGUCCCACCAAGCGCCAACGGUAUGACAGUGUUUAUUCGUGAUGGGCAGGGCAAUCGGGUGAAACAGUGGAGCAACGUAGCAUUAUCAGAGUGUGGCGUUUUCGAGGCGGAUCUUCAACUAUCCACGGAACCCAUAAUAGGAGGAUGGAGUGUAAACGUGAAAGUAGCAGAAGAGGAACAAGUGAAAAACUUCCUCGUCGAGCGCUAUGUGCUGCCAACCUACUCGGUGAAGGUGGAGGCGCCUGGUUUUGUCUUUCUCUCCGACGAGGUUUUGAAGUUGGUGGUGACCGCCAAGUAUACCUUUGGGAAGCCGGUCGUAGGCGAGUUAACCUUGUCCGUGAAACCGAGUCGGUGCAGUUGGCACGAAUCGAAGGUUCCUGUGCUCAAGCAAACCGUGCCGAUCGAUGGCAAAACGAUCGUCGAAUUUAACCUUGAGGAACUGUUGAAAGAGGAUUUCUACUUUCGAGAGGUUUUAGUCGAGGCAGAAGUGAAGGAAACCCUUACAGGACGGACGAUUCGUGGCUAUACAAAAGUGAAGUUACACGAAAAGCGUUACAAUGUGAGCCUUGAGGAGGAAUCGAGCUAUUACCCCGGUUUGCCGUACCACGCCUGGAUUAAGAUCACGAAUGUCGACGGCAGCCCCGUGCAGGAUGCUUCUAACCCGGUACAUGCUACUAUCAACAAUAGAAACAUUGAUUUGUGGAAAGAUAGUCUUACCCUGGAUAGUAACGGAAUGGCAAAACUCAAUGUUAAUUUGGAUGAGUUGAAGUUUUCUUACCUUACUGUGCAUGUGACGUAUCUUGGAGAGCGCUACGAGCCAGGAGGUAUUUCGAAACCGGAUGAGAGUGUAAAGGCCAAAAUGAGAGUACGCCCGAAGGAGAAAGUAUUUAUCCUCGGGAAUGAGCUACAUUUUGAAGUAGCUUCUACGCAUCCUCUGAAACACGUCUCAUACUCCUUGCUGGCUCGCGGAGAAUUGGUCUCCAGCGGAGUCAUCGAUGCGGCGGACAGUACACUCGUGCCUAUUACUCUACCGUCUACGAGCCAAAUGCUGCCAAGAGCAAAACUUUUGUUACACUACAUUACCACGGAAGGUUAUAUCGUGACCUCUCACACUAAUGUCGCCUUUGACAAUGUGUACGAAAAUAACGUUAAGCUGACACUGUCGAAGGAUGAAGCCAAACCAGGGAAAGCUGUGGAUCUGACUGUGCAGACGCAGAAGAAUUCCUUCGUUGGACUGCUGGGAGUGGAUCUUAGUGUCGUGUUGCUUAAGUCUGGUUUCGAUCUAAGCCGGGAUAAGGCGACCGAAGAGUGGCAGCGUUAUGAAUCGGCUCCGUCUGCUAUACACCGUUGGGUCGAACACAACGUCAGAGAUGCUGAGGUACUGACUCUUAAACCAGUUUUAUUCUGGCACAAAACCGUUGGAGCAGUUUUACUGUCAAAUAGGUUUCUCCCACCACGUCGACCUGCCAUAAUGUAUAAAAGUGGCAUUGUAUAUGCUAGUAGUGCCAUGUUUGGAGGUGCAGCUCCAAGAGCAAUGAAGAUGGCCAAGCGUGGUGGGCCCGUUGCCGAUUCAGCAGCUGAUGAGCCGCCUGUACGUUCGAACUUUUGCGAGACGUGGAUCUGGGAGAGUUUUUCUGUAGGCAAUGAAGCGCGAUCCAUUAGCAAAACUAUUCCGGACACGAUCACCUCGUGGGUUAUAACUGGAUUUUCACUCAACAAAACUCACGGCUUAGCACUGACGGAUGAGCCAUCGAGGAUUACCGUAUUCCUUCCGUUUUUCUUAUCGAUUGACCUUCCGUAUUCAGUCAAGCUGGGAGAAACCGUGCGAAUUCCGGUGGUCGUUUUCAACUAUAUGCAGGAAGAUCAUGAAGCGGACUUGGUGUUCUUCAACAACAGUGACGAGUUUGAGUUUGUUGCUGAUGACACCACGGAAGCGAAGGUCUUUGAAGAUCAUCAUCGCUCGAUCAGAUCCACGAUUGCACGUGAUAGCGGAAAAACGUUUUCUUUCCUGGUGAAACCGAAGAAGGUCGGUCACAUCACCCUGAAGCUAACGGCCAAGUGUGCGACUGCCGGCGACGCUAUUGAGCGACUGUUGCUGGUAGAACCCGAGGGUCGACGGCAGUUCAUCAACAAGGCCAUGCUGAUCGAUUUGCGCACGGAAAAGGAGAUGCACCAAAACUUCCAAGUGGAAAUACCGGACGAUGCCGUUCCAGACUCGAGCAAGGUUGAGUUGUCCGUAAUAGGGGAUGUGCUGGGAUCGUCAAUUGAGAAUCUGGACUCCUUGAUCCGCAUGCCGUUCGGAUGUGGUGAGCAGAACAUGCUCAACUUUGUCCCGUGUAUCGUCGUGCUUGACUAUCUGAGCGCCUGCGGACGUCUCUCGGUGGAGAUCGAGGCAAAGGCGAAGAAGUACAUGGAGGUGGGCUAUCAGCGAGAAUUGACCUAUAGGCAUGCGGACGGAUCGUUCAGUGCAUUCGGGCAAUCGGACAAGAAAGGUAGCACCUGGUUGACGGCUUUCGUGGCCAAGUCGUUCCAGCAGGCGGCGAAGUACGUCACCAUUGACAUGGCGAUCAUCGAUAAAGCGUUCGAAUGGCUCGGCAACGUGCAAGCAAAAGACGGGUCGUUUCCUGAGGUUGGAACCGUUUUUCAGAACGAUAUGCAAGGUGGUUCUGCUUCGGGCAUUGCAUUGACGGCUUACACGUUGGGUGCCUUUUUGGAGUUCGCAAAAAAUGAAAAAUUUGAACAGAAGUACGCGAAAACCGUCGAGACAGCGUUGGCGUAUAUUAAGAGCAACAUUAAAAAGCAAGAAGACAUCUAUGCCUACGCUCUGGCUGCGUACGUGCUAGAAAAAGCUGACCGUGUGUUGACACGUGAAGUGUUCAAUCUCCUGGAAUUGAAGGCGACGAUCAAGGGAGAUCGUAAAUGGUGGAGUAAAUCUACAGACACAGCGGUCGAUAGCAACCCCCAGUGCUGGUGGAAUCGUCCCUGCUCGGUCGAUGUCGAGAUGAGUGCGUACGCGUUGAUGGCCACACUCGAGGCGAAGCCCAACGGGCUGGAGGGAUUACCCAUCAUGAAAUGGUUGGUCUCGCAACGCAACGACAAGGGUGGUUUUCAGUCUACUCAAGAUACGGUCGUGGGGUUGCAGGCACUCUCGAAAAUGGCCACCAGCCUGUCGGGAUCGGAAGCAAAUAUUUCGAUCAAGGUAAAGUUGUCCAAUGAGGAGGAGAAAUCGAUGGCCGUCGAUCGUGAUAAUGUUUUGGUGUUGCAAAAGUACGAGUUGUCAAAUGCAACAAGAGAGCUUGAGAUGAGUGCCACUGGAAGUGGAUGCGCCCUAUUCCAGCUAUCGUACAAGUACAAUAUCAAGGACAUAGACAACAGCCCGCGGUUCAUACUCAUCCCGGAAGCUAAGCGAGGAUCGUGUGUUUAUUCCAUCGAACUAAAGAUCGCCGCCAGCUUCAUUCCCAAUGCAGACCAAACCGUCUCCAACAUGGCCGUGAUGGAGGUGGACAUGCCGAGUGGCUGCGUGGCCGAAAUUGACAAAACAGAGUUCUUGCAGAUCAACAAAAAAGUGAAGAAAGUAGAAACGAAACGUAACGAUACAGCAGUGGUGCUUUACUUUGACAACAUGGAUGAAACAGUUGUCACCGUGCAGAUAAGUGCCUUCCAGAAGCACGAAAUAACAAAUCCGAAGCCUGCCAAUGUAACUAUUUAUGACUAUUAUGAUAACACUCGAUGUGCAAGUUCGUUCUAUGCAGUUACAGCUUGAAUGUGCUUAGAGUUGCAGGUGGCCGAAGGUUCCUAAGGAAUAGUAUUCGAACAGUUUAAAUGUUGGUUUUUAA